GUAGAGGAUCAUACAGGUUCAGGCAUGAAGGACUUGAACGAUAGGAUUAUCCGAACUCCUCUCCCUCCUCUGCAGACCAUGACCGACGAUCCGCUCCGAGCCCUCCGCGCCAUCCGAUUCGCUUGUCGGUUUGACUUCCAGCUGGACAAGGAGCUGGAAGAUACGCUCUCGAUGGGCGAGGUGAGGCAGGCGCUUUCUUCCAAGGUCAGCAAGGAACGCGUGUACACGGAGCUGAACGGGAUGUUAACGGGGCCGAACCCUCGGCGAUCCUUGGAACUCUUGCACUCAUGUGGGAUGUUUGGGGUCAUUUUUUCUGUUCCUGAAACGAUCAAAGAAGAUCAGCUGGACCCCAGUUGGACCUCAAAGGCCAUGGCAGUCGUGAGAAAGAUCUCGUCGCUCGACCAUCAGACAUUGAGUCAGAUGCUCAGGAAGGAGGAUGUACAGCAGCAGCUAGUCGCCCUCCACUCGCUCUCACCCGAAUGGCGCCGCCUUGUCUUUCUUGCUGCUGCCCUCACGCCGUUGCGGUCGCUUUCAGUGGAGGGAGGGAAGAAGCCGCUGCCGCUCAUCGAGCACGUGAUCCGUGUGGCUCUCAAGGGAACCAUCAAAGACGUGCAGGAAGUCUCCGUCCUCCUCGACUGCUCGGAGGAGCUGCGCCAGGUCGCCGCGUCCCUGCCGGCGCAUCGUGAGGACGUCGAGCUAAAGCUGCGAGCAGCCAAGUGCCUGAGGAGAGGAGGAGAGCAAUGGCGACUUGCGCUGGUUCUUGCUGCUGGGGAGCUCUCG